AUGUUGAAGGCAUCAGUGAAUGCUCGAUAUGAGACUGAAGCUGAAAAAGAAGCGGCAACCGGCGGCGCCACUGUAACUUUCAACGCCGGCGACUUUAAGCUCCGUGCUUCUAUGACCGAUGCUACCGUAAUCAACGGUCCCAGUUUAAACGGCUUAUCUCUCGCCGUUGAAAAACCUAACUCCUUCAUCUUCGACUACAACGUCCCCAAAAAUGACAUCAAAUUUCAAUUUAUGAACUCAAUAAACGUUUUGGAGAAGCCAUUGAAUUUGAAGUACACUCACUCUAGAGGAGAGGACAAAACAACACUGGAUGGGACAUUGGUGUUUGAUUCCGCGAACAAGUUGUCAGUCAGUCAUAAGCUGAGUUCGGGAGGUUGUAAAUUGAAGUAUAGUUAUGUUCAUGGAGGACUCACUACUUUCGAGCCGAGCUAUGAUAUAAAAGAGGAUUCUUGGGAUUUUGCAGUGUCUCAUAAAGUUUACGGGAAUGAUGUUUGUAAGGCUACGUAUCAGACACCUAGUAGGAAUUUGGGGCUUCACUGGUCGAGGAGUACGAAGCUAGGUGGAUCGUUUAAGGUUUCUGCAUCUAUGUGUUUGGAUGAUGAUGAACUUAAACUGCCAAAGUUAACUGCUGAGACUUCAUGGGACUUUGACUUGUAA